ACAUGCCGCAAAUCGUAACGCACUGCUUACUGAGCAAUACAUGAUAUUUUGUUGUUCUUAAAAGAGAAACUGUCCCAUCAGGCGUUCACCAAGUGAGUCCAAACAGUGUCCGACUUUCGAUUUCACAACAGUUUCGAUUUGUAAUGCUCUUUAUAGUUGACACACACGUUUAAUUUUUAUUUAUUUUUUAAGGAAGAUCCGCUCACUGAUCGUGUUUUCCUGUGUGACACAAGGAACUUCUCUAACCACAUUCUGUUGUAGAAGAAGAGGGUUUGUCCAGUGAUCCUGUUUCUAAGCCCCCCCGCUCCCAAAAACGAUGCUGGUCACCGUUUUCUGUGCGCCGAGGGAUCGCCCAGAAACCACGUUUGCCCUCGACGUGUCCCCGGAGCUGGAGCUGAGGGACUUUGUAGCACUUUGUGAACUGGAGUCGGGGAUCCCAGCUGGGGAAAUCCAGAUCACGUAUGUAGAACAACCCCUGAAAGACCCCACCCGUGCCUUGGGGACUUACGGUGUCAAAGAUGGAGAUGUGGUGGUUCUUAGACAAGCUGAUAGACGGCCUCCACAAACCCAACCGGCCUUUCCAGGUCUGCCCCGUAUUGACUUCAGAUCCAUCACAGUCCCCGGCACCUCGUCUUCAGCCAAUCAACCUGCUGCCCCGCUGCCGCAGCCACAAGCUCCUCAGCCGCGCGCCGCACAGCCUUCCACUCCGACGGCCUUUCGCGGCCCCUCGCCGCAGGGCCUGGACAACCCCGCCUUACUACAACAGAUGCUGUUAUCGAAUCCACACGAGCUUUCUCUGCUCAAGGAGAGAAACCCUCCGCUUGCUGAGGCCCUGCUGAGUGGAGAUUUAGAGCGUUUCACCAAAGUGCUGCUGGAACAACAGCAGGAUCGAGCCCGAAGAGAGCAAGAGAGAAUCCGACUCCUGACCGCUGAUCCGUUUGAUUUGGAAGCUCAGGCCAAGAUCGAGGAGGAAAUCAGGCAGCACAACGUGGAGGAGAAUAUGACAAUUGCAAUGGAGGAGGCCCCAGAAAGCUUUGGACAGGUGGUUAUGCUGUACAUUAACUGCAGAGUCAAUGGCCAUCCUGUGAAAGCUUUUGUUGACUCAGGAGCGCAGAUGACCAUCAUGAGCCAGGCGUGUGCAGAGCGCUGUAACAUCAUGCGGCUGGUGGAUCGGCGCUGGGCAGGGAUCGCCAAAGGAGUGGGCACUCAGAAGAUCAUUGGCAGAGUUCAUUUGGCUCAGGUCCAGAUAGAAGGGGACUUCCUUCCUUGUUCUUUUUCCAUAUUGGAGGACCAGCCAAUGGACAUGCUGCUAGGCCUGGACAUGCUGAAGAGACACCAGUGUUCAAUCGACCUGAAGAAGAGCUUGCUCGUCAUCGGCACCACGGGCACUGAGACGCGCUUCCUGUCCGAGGCGGAGCUGCCGGAGUGCGCCCGGCUGGCGUACGGCGCCGAAGGGCGCGAGGACGCUCGUCCUGAGGAGCUCGCUGACAGAGAACUGGCAGAGGCACUUCAGAGAUCCAUACAAGAAAGUGACACUGCAGAUGGACAAACUACCUCACCGCAGCCCCCGCCAUUUACAUUACCAAGACCCUUAGACCAAAAUGCCAUACCCUCCUCUUCCUCCCAAAGCCCUCAGUCACAGAGCCCGGGCCUGGAUCGCUCCCAGUCUGCGCCGGCCACCGUGCAGCGGGCCCCGGCGUCUGGCCCCCCGGAGCUUUCUCAGUCUUUAUCCCCAGAAAAGGAUGCUUCUCCGCCUCACGGCGUCCAUCCUCACCCUCUGCCUCUCCGCAGCAAACCCGACGCGUCCCCCGUUGCCAGUCCUCCGUCGGACAUGUUCCCUCCGUGCAAUCCGCCGGCCGACAUCUCCACUGGGUCUCAGGACCCCAGCGGCGAGGCGCCACCGGGAGCCGCAGAGGGGGUCGCUGAACCCGACGAGGCGGAGAGCGCCUCCAUGCAAACCACGCCACAGGAGUGUUUGCCCGACCCCCCCAUGGAUCAGGAGGCGACCGAAUGUGACGCAGCGGGCAGCGGCGAGGCCAAGGCGGUGGAAAUGGAGGCUCCCUCCGCCUCGGCCGAGCGGGAGCAGCCCGACGGCGACCGCUGCUCCAGCUCUGACAGCAUCCCCUCUCUGGCGGCCGCGCUGAAGGAGCUCCACGAGCUGCUGGUGCAAUCGCAGAACCGCAGCGUCUCCUGCUCCCCGUCCCAUCCGCACGGGCCAGACUCGGACAAAGCGUCGCCUGAGCCAAGCACCCCGACGCCGGAAAAUACCCUGCCUGCUGCUUCUACUGCCAACGCAGCUGGCGCAGGAACGAGCGAUGCCAAAGCCAACUUCGCUGCUGCGUCCGAUGAGGAAACAUCUCAGCGUCCUGCGCUCGACCUCCCUGCUCAGGUGGAGCGUCUGCACGGCGACGCGGCAGCAACGGGGGAAGGGCUGGGGCCGCGGCGGCGCCCGGACAGCUCGGAGGAUGGAGCCGGACAGGACGGAGAAGAGGCCCGUGCUGGCGAGGUUCCUGAGCCGGAGGUUUCUCCCGUUCCCGCUGCGGUCCCGGAGUUCAGGGAGCCGCCAGAGGGGCAGCACGGAAGAGGGGUCGCAGACGGACAAGCCUCUGGCGCGGACACCCCAGACGGCGUCCAGACCGAGCGAGCCUUCCUCAGCCCCGCGUCAGCGACUCUUAGCCCGCCGGAGGAGGUUUCCAGCACCUCGUCCUCCUCUGCUCCUCUUCUCACUCAGGCCCCGCCGCCGUCGUCGUCGUCCCCGGCCCCUCCCCGUCCCGUCAUGGAAGCGUUCCCAGCCGAGCACAUCCAGAGGAUCCAGGCAGCGGGUUUUUCUGCCACGGAGGCCGUGGAGGCACUCGAGCAAGCCCACGGGGUCGUGGAGAUAGCUCUGCUGGCCCUCCUGGCUCGCAGCAUCACUGUGCCCACCUAGACUCACGAACGGCCUGCGAGUGCCCAGCCUCCCGACUCAGCAUCUGUCUUACUUCUACCUUGGUUACAGAUCCAGAAGUCUCGGCCUCCUGUUUAAAAGGGAGCUCAUAAAAAGUCACAGGGAAACGCUUUACGCUGUCUCUCGGUUUGUCGAGAAGAGAAUCUGAGAGGAAAUACGACCGGCAAUGCGUUUUUUUGGUUAUUACAGAUACGUGAGGUGUGUUUGCAUGCAGAUGUUUCGGGUAGCCCACCCAUUUAAUUGGUUUUUAGCAAUUUGGCAUCAUAGAUUUUUUUUUUUUUAUAUAUAUAUUAUUUUGUCUGGUUGUGUUGCCCAACAUUGACUGGUCAAUCCAUGCAAAUAGUCCAGUUGAUUUUUUUUAAACCAUCACAUGUCAAAAGUUUCUCUUUCAUCUGAAACCGCUGCGGAAACAUCCUAAUUUGUCGGCCAACGACGUCCGUGCUACUUUUUCUGGUUUGGAGCUCAUAUCAGAGCGCAAUGACGACAGGGCCGCACAUCGGGAACAUAAGCGGCUCGUUUUCAAAGUCACCGAUGUUUUCCCACAUAAACUUGGAAACCCUUAAAUUGAGACGCCACCAUCAGUAAAGCGGCGCUCGUAUUUAAGGUUGACAGCAGGUGGCGUUUUAUGAUUCAGCAUGUCUCUUACAGAAGGUAUCUUGUACUGUUUGUAUGACUCUCUGCCAUCCGAAAUCUUUGCAACGUGUAGAUUACAGAACCCGUCUGUAGCUUUCGUUCUGAAACUUUUCAUUUUGUGUCAAAUCCUCAUAGUGUCUUUUUACUUGAAAUCGUCCCGUCUUUCGUUUCGAGCCUGGCCAUCAUGCCAGUGCUUCAUAUAUCCAGGAUUUUCAUGGCUUUAUUUGGGUCAUACCUACUAUGUUCAGGCAGAUUUCAUUAUUUACUUUUAUCUUGUAUGAAAUUUUAAACUGCAAAUAAAAUUAAAUCAGUAUUUGUAUAA